GCGCUGUGUACACACGCCGAUCAAUAUAGUCUGCUGUGUGUUGAUGCGACUAAGCAUCUUCGCUGUUUCUGGUGUGUUGUAAAGGCCUCGCUAGCGGUGGUCUCAAAUAGUACAGGCUGUUAUCAGAGGUGUUUGGGCUUGAUCUUAAUUGGAAGUCUCUCCAGCUGGCUGGCAGUGAUUGUAUUAAAGAAAGUUCUCUUUGGUCAUACACUUGAUCAACUUGCCACUCUAUGCCUGCUCACAGUGUAGCAUUUAAUGACACUCUAUGCCUGCUCACAGUGUAGCAUUUAAUGCCACUCUAUGCCUGCUCACAGUGUAGCAUUUAAAUCAAACCUAGCCUGAAAGAAAUGGCAUCAUUUUAAUCACUUCCAUUGUCAUAAAGAGUUAAAAAUAGACUACAUGGAAUGACUUCGAUGACAGAAUUUUUAGAGAAAUGUCAUCAAGAUGAUCUGACAUCCAGCUUUGACAUUCUUGAUGGCCUGCUGAGCCAUGACAAAAACGACCUGGUGGAGCGGGUCAGUGACCUGGAGAAGAAGGUCCAGCAGCAGGAGGAUGAAAUUGUUUGUCUCAAGUCUGCCAUGGCUGACGUCAUUAGAAGGAUGGCUGCUGUUGAAGCAGGUUCAGCCAGCAGUGCCCUACCCUCUCGCUCUCAUGGCAGGGUGACCUUGAUUCGGCCCCGCUCCGUGGCUGGAAUUGAAAACAAUGUCAGUAAAAAGCAUCUGAGUGCCUUAGAGAAUGUGAAUGUCAUGUCCCACAGAAACGCCCCAUCUACUCACAGAAGUUCCCCCAGAACUGCUCGCCUCUCCUCAGCUCACAGCCUGGCCAAGUGGUCUUCCCUGUCCACCUCAGUAGAGCUCUCCAACUCACAGCUUACACCCACAUCCCGGAGCAUAUCCCAUGGCAGCCUUCACCCAGCCAGGAUCAGCAGAUCUAAAGAAGCCCAGUGGAACUCUGAUGAGGGAUGUCUGAGACUGUACAUCCGAGGGAGAGCCAGCAAUUUUUAUGGGCCUUCAGAUGUGACAGACUACAACCCAUCUCUCCCAUCAGAAGCACCACAGGAGAAACUGGAGCUUGAGUGGGUUUAUGGCUACAGAGGUCGAGACUGCAGAUCCAACCUGUACUACCUGCCCACUGGUGAGGUCAUUUACUUCACGGCAGCGGUGGUGGUGCUACACAACGUGGAGGAGCAGACACAGAGGCACUACCUGGGCCAUACAGAUGACAUCAAAUGUAUUGCUAUUCAUCCGGACAAAAUCAAGGUAGCCACUGGUCAAGUGGCAGGGCAUGAAGCUAGGGAUACCAAGCAUCAAGGAAAGAAAAAAUCUGGGUCAGGCUUCUCAGAUGAAUCUGUUCCCCAUGUUAGAGUCUGGGAUUCAGUCAGCCUAAACACGCUGUAUGUUAUUGGUCAGGGAGUCUUCAACCGGGCAGUCUGCUGCUUGUCUUUCUCUAAGCUGGAUGGUGGCCAACAUCUGGUUGUCGUUGAUGAAGCUAACGAGCACAUCAUGUCCAUCUGGGAUUUAAGUAAAGAAAAACCUCACAAAGUAGCAGAGACCAAGAGCUCUGGAGACCCUGUGUUGGCCGUGGAGUACCACCCAUCAGAGAAGAACCAGAUUGUUUGCUGUGGUAAAGGACAGAUCAGCUUCUGGUCCCUGGAAGGGGGAUCUCUAGCUAAGAAGCAAGGCAUUUUUGAAAAAUUUGAAAAGCCAAAAUAUGUUUUAUGUUUGGCUUUUGCUGACAAUGGUGAUAUUUUAUCUGGCGACUCAAGUGGAAAUAUUUUUGUGUGGGGAAAAGGUAGUCAGAGGAUCUCUGUAGCAAUACCAUCUGCACAUGAAGGAGGUGUGUUUUCUCUGUGUGUGAUGAAGGAUGGGACUCUGCUGUCAGGUGGGGGAAAGGACAGGAAAAUCAUCCAGUGGGACAGCAGCACGUACAAGAAGUCUGGCCAAGAAACUGAGCUGUCAGAAAGUUUUGGCCCAGUGCGCACCAUCAGCCAGGGCAAGGGAGGUCUGAUCCUAGUGGGGACCACAAGGAACUGUGUGCUACAGGGCACAUUAGAGCUGGACUUUACACUUGUUGUACAGGGCCACACAGAUGAACUAUGGGGCUUGUCAAGCCACCCAUCCCAGCACCAAUUUCUCACCUGUGGGACUGACAAGCAGCUUUACCUGUGGGACUCACAGUCCAGGGCCGUAGUCUGGAGCAAAGAGAUGAAUGACCCAAUCCACAGCUGCUGUUUCCAUCCCAAAGGGGGGAUUGUAGCGGUGGGGACCAAUGUGGCGCGCUGGCUGGUUUUAGACCUGGCCACACAUGAGAUUGUUUCUGUGCACACAGAUGGCAAUGAGCAAAUUGAGUGCAUCCAGUACUCCCCAGAUGGCUCUCUCUUGGCAAUUGGAUCACGUGACAACUAUAUUUACAUCUAUGCUGUGUCUGAGGAUGGGAAAAAGUACUCCAAGCUUGGCAGAUGCUCUGGUCACUCCAGCUUCAUCACCCACCUGGACUGGUCACAAGACAGCCAGCAUCUAAUGAGUAACUCAGGGGAUUACGAGCUUCUUUUCUGGCUUGCCAGUAGUUGUAAAAUGGUCAACAACUCAGCCAUCACCAGAGACCUCAGGUGGGCCACACAGAACUGUGUCUUAUCCUUCAACACUGCAGGUAUCUGGCCAGAGGGGGCUGAUGGUACAGACAUUAAUGGCUGCUGUAAGUCCAACAAUGAAAGAUUGCUGGCUACCUGUGAUGAUUUUGGAAAAGUCAACCUUUUUUCCUACCCUGCAAAUCUACCUAAGAGUGCUUGCCACUCCUACAAAGGUCACAGUAGUCAUGUGACCUCUGUCAGGUUCCUGUUUGAUGACUCCAGGCUGAUAUCAACCGGAGGGAAAGACACGGCAGUGCUACAGUGGCAAGUUGUCUGACAGUGCUACAAUGGCAAGUUGUCUGACAGUGCACCAAUGGCAAGUUGUCUGACAGUGCUACAGUGGCAAGUUGUCUGACAGUGCUACAAUGGCAAGUUGUCUGACAGUGCUACAGUGGCAAGUUGUCUGACAGUGCUACAGUGGCAAGUUGUCUGACAGUGCUACAGUGGCAAGUUGUCUGACAGUGCACCAAUGGCAAGUUGUCUGACAGUGCUACAAUGGCAAGUUGUCUGACAGUGCUACAGUGGCAAGUUGUCUGACCAUUUGAAUAUAUAUUGUCUAGUUUACAUGUACAAGCUGGGGAUGAGGGGCUCUGGUGGAGGUCAGAGUUCAACAGUUGUUGAGGAAGACUUUGUCCCUCAUUUAUUCCCUAGUAGAUUUUGUCCCUUACAAAUCUUUUUUUUUCUUAUCAACUUUGUUUUCUUACAUUAUUGAUCACAUGGCCUUCAAUGUAUUUUCUUCAUUCAAUUUUUGUCAAAUUUUUUGUCAUCAAUAAAACAUUUUUGACAUCUGC